CUCGUCCUCACAUCUAUAACAAUAAACAAAACCGAAUUCUUGUUCUAGCGUAAACAAGUGUUGUCAAAUAGUUUAAAGCACUGUUAAAUUUUAUUCUAGAAAUUCUCUAGUGAUCGAGACGUUUAAAAUUAGAAUCAGUCAGUUAUUUGCUCGCGUUGAAUACUGUCGUGUGUUUGUUUAUUCGCGUUUGUUAAAAAUCGCUAUGAAAUUCGAACGAGUAUUCCCCGAAGAAUAUCCCAGUGUAUACAGCAAAUGGAAAGAUGGUUAUGUCGAAUGGGUGAUCCAGGAUCUGCCGCCGGAAGAUGAUGAAGAAGCCAUCAAGAUACUAGUAGACCAUCUGUGCGCCGAUGAGACCUUGUGUAAAACAAGCGAUUUGCUGAAUGAUCCGGAAAGCGUUCGGGGUAUAAGUGAAUUCUGGAGAAUUUUCCUUGGCAAGAGAAUGAGUCUUGGAUGUUAUGCGUCAACCAAUGGAAACAAGAAACUGGUCGCAUUGAACUGUUGCUUUGUGUCUUGUAAAGGAGAGGAUAUUGAUUGUGAGAUCGUUGGCAAGGCAUGGAAGAACGUGUAUGAUGUUUUGGAUUACGCUGUGUCGAAAUUCGAUGUAUUUGAAUAUCUCGGUACUGACAAAGUCUUGGAGGGCAUGGGCUUGGUGGUCUCCAGGAAUUAUAGGGGAGCAAAACUCGGAAGCAAGAUUAUAGCGGCAAGGGAGCCCUUAUGCUACACCCAAGGGAUUAAGGCCACAGCCACCGUGUUCACCGGUAUAGCGUCACAGAAAUGCGCUGAAAGCUGCGGUUUUGUCACAACAUUUGAAUUCCCUUUGAGUGAACUAGCUGAAAUCGGCUUGAACUACUCCAAAGAUGACACGCGUUUAAUCAAGCUUAUGGUUAAGAAAUAUGACUUUUGAAUUCGUUUUAAACAACAACGUGGAUGACUUGGACGUCUUGUAUGGAUCAGCUUGUCGGACGACUAAAAUGACGGAUGAAAGGCGAUUGCAUGCAGCAGAGGUGCGAAUGUUGCGAUGGAUGUGUGGAGUAACGAG